AAUAGUCACCCUCGGAUGAAUUAUUAAAUCGUAUAACAUGUAAAAACCAUAAUGCGUUAGCAUCCUGUUGGACUUGAAGAAAACGCUUCACUGUUAGAAGAUGACGGAAUUCAGCUCAAUACUUAUCAAAGAAGGCUGGUACCUCACAGAUGAGGGCAUAGAAGAAUGCAAAGGUACCUCAGAGAAAGCAGCAAUUAAUGACAUCAUCCAGACAGCACUGAAUAGUGACCUAAGACCUAUUGGAAAAAGUUUUCUGCCAACUGACAUCAACAGUGGUAGAGUGGAGAAGGUUGAGGGACCAUGUGUUCUUCAACUACAAAAGAUCCGCAAUGUCGCUGCCCCAAAGGACCAUGAAGAGUCCCAGGCAGCACCUCGAAUGCUCCGGCUCCAAAUGACUGAUGGACAUACCACCUGCACAGGUGUGGAAGUGAAACACCUGUCCAAAAUCAGUUUAAAUACACCUCCUGGCACCAAAGUCAAGCUUCUGGGCACUGUACAGGUGAAGAACGGCUUCCUGCUGUUAGACGAUUCAAAGGUCGCUGUGCUCGGAGGGGAGGUUGAUCACAUGAUUGAAAAAUGGGAGUUGCAAAGGAGUCUUGCCAAACACAGUAGGAGUAACAUAGGAGCAGAAGGUGGACCUCCUCCAUUUGUUCCCUUUGGGCAGAAAUGUGUGCGGAAGGAGGCAGUGGACAGUCGGGAGCUGGAUCAGAGGAAAACUUUGCAGAGCGCCAACGCUGUGAAAACUGCUGAUGAAAACGACGAGUUUGAGAAACAGAGGACUGCUGCAAUCGCCGAAGUUGCCAAGAGUAAAGAGACACGUACGUUUGGAGGAGGAGGCAAUGCUGGAAGCAAUCUCACCAAUCCUGUCACCACUUACAAGAAUCGAGACUCCUAUCAGAAGAGAAGAGAAGAGCGAGAGAAGCCAAAAACGGAAAGCAAACCAGACGGAAUGUACAGAGAACUGGUGGAUGAGCGAGCUCUGAGGAACAUCAUGGAGAUGGGCUUUAAUAAAGAGGCCGCUCGACAGGCUCUCCUUGACAAUAACAAUAACCUGGAGGUAGCGCUCAACUCCCUACUGACCGGAUCUGGCCAGCACAAAGCACCUCCGGCCGAACACAGCCGGCCUCCGCCCAGAGGCAAAGGGAAAGGUCGGGGGAGAUCCAGGCAGGAGGAGGACGAGGAGGGUGGAGGGCGACCGUCUGGGCCAAGCACUCUCUUUGACUUCCUGGAGUCAAAGAUGGGGGCAUUUUCCAUUGAUGAGUCAAAGACCCAGCCCCCACAAAAACAUCAAGAACAUCCAAGCAAGAUGAGCUUCCCUAAUGCAGAUCAUUUUUCCAAAAGUGCCUUUCAACCCAAAUAUCCUCCACGAAAUGAAGGCAAGGGUCAGAGGAACGACAGACCUCCACGCUUCCAGAGAGAUGGGGAAGGCUCCAAACCUAAUGCAGACUCAUCUCACCCUCCCCCCUCCUCCUCUGCACCGGUGCAAGGUCAGAAGUGGAGGCGAGGGGAGAAGCCAGGGAGAGGGGCUCCAGACAGGGUACAAGAAGAAAGACAGGAAGGAAAGAGCGGACAGAUGAACCCUCCGUUCCCUUCCUCAGCAAACCCACGGUCAAGAGAUCAACAAGGGUCAUCUGGAAACUUCCAGCCAACACCCAGGGACCACGGAACCAUCCAUCAGGACUCCCAACACAGCGCUGUAUCUGGAGGAUAUCACCAAGAGUCAAGAGAGUAUGAUGAUCGGCAGCGGGCAGGAGGGUCCAGGGUUUCGCAGCGUGGUGUAUCUGAUUUUCCUCCAUCUAGAAAGGGACAGGCGAAUGGGGGGUCUGGACCCCGACCAGCGGAAUCAGCUGGUAUGGGGCAGGAAUCUAAAGGGAGGCCAGAACCAAACAACCGAAGGAAGGGGAGGGGCGAAAGGCCUAACGUGGACAACGUAGGUAACUCAAAUUCUGUGCACCAAUUAGGAGGUAAAGACUCGACAGUAAUACAAGAUGUGGGACUGAUCCAGCCUUCAGGGGGAAGCUUUACUUCACAUACACAUCUCCAGAACGGGGUUUCGGAUCAUAAACGGACUGGUCCAAUCAAACCGAACUCCUCUGCACCACCUCACAAGAAUUCCAGUUCUCAUAACUCUGCACCCAAGAAGAGGUCAGGACCAAUCAAAGGUCAACGGGGCCCAGAGCAAGGUCACAUGGCAGAGACUGGUAAUCUGGUAAACUGGAAACCUGGAGACCAGUGUCUUGCACUUUACUGGGAAGACAACAAGUUUUAUCGGGCCAGAAUCGAUGCUGUGCACCCGUCUGGAUCGACAGCUGUGGUCGUUUUCAGUGAUUAUGGGAAUUGUGAAGAGGUUCUUCUUCACAAUAUUAAACCUGUACAGAUGGACCUGUGGGAAGAGGAUGAAGUUUACUAUGAGAAUUCUCUAGAAUUCCGCAGAGGAGGGGACGGGCAGCCACGGCGAACGCGGCCAACUCAACAGUAUUACCAACCACCCAGAGCGAGAGACUGAGCAUACACCACACAUACAGGCAAAUUUUCCCAGGAAAACUGAUGGCAACUAAUCAGAUGAAGACUGCAGCUGGAAACUCACUUCCGCAUUAUUGUUCUCUUCUGUACUGGAGCGGCUGAGAUGCAAAAUCUUCCAAGGGCUUGCUGCACACGUAGCAUAAAUUAAACCUGGACACACAAACUACUGUAAUUUGUAAUGCAAAUGGCUGUUGU